AUGGAUUCGCAGCAGCGGCAAACGAGCGCCAAUGCGCAAGCCCAGCCCCAAGCUCAAGAAAACACCCCCAACGCCAACGGUGCGCCGCCAUUCGAUCCCAGCCUUCUCCCCCAAAUGCCGAAUCCAGACGCCAUGGCCGGCAUCUUUAACGGCCAGAGAUUCAUUGCUGACCCAAACAUGGCUGCCCUCCCCAUGGGCGAUCCAUCAAUGAUGCUACCGCUCAUGUUUGCCAACGGCCAAGUCCCCUCACAGCCGCCGCAACAAGCUAAGCCGAUAUCUGCCGACGAAAUUGCGCUGUAUGAUCGCCAGAUUCGCCUUUGGGGCAUGGCCGCUCAGGCCCGCAUCCAAAACGCCCGCAUCCUGCUCAUCACCAUGCGCGCACUCGCCAACGAGGUCGCUAAGAACCUGGUUCUUGCCGGUGUCGGCUCCCUCACCAUACUCGAUGAUGCGCUGGUCAGCGAGGCGGACCUCGGUGCGCAAUUCUUCCAAAAUGACGGCGGCGCGGACCAUGAAACCCACGUCGGGCGGAAUCGCGCGGAGGCGGCCGCGCCCGCGCUCCGCAAGCUCAACCCCCGUGUGCAGGUGCACGUUGACGCCGAGGGUGUGAAGAGCAAAGGGCCGAGCUACUUUGCGGGGUUUGACAUUGUUAUCGCGACGGACCUUGAUCCGGACUCGUUUAACCUGAUCAACACCGCGACGCGCAUCAACGGCAAGGCGUUUUACGCGGCGGGCACCCACGGCAUGUACGGAUUCCUGUUCAGCGACCUCAUCGAGCACGAGUACGUGAUUGAGCGCGACGCCGGAAAUGUCGCCACGCACGUCCCGCAGCAGGAAACGCGGACGCGUUCUAUCAUCAACGUCCAGACGCAUCAGGAAGGUGGCAAAACCGUCGAGGCCGUCACGAAACGCGAGCUAUACUCUACCUGGUUCCUGGCAAGCGAGCUCGCCACGCUGCCUGCCGAGUACACCUCCUCCAAGCGGCGCCUCCGCGCCGUCACCCCCGCGCUGUCCUGCCUUCGCGCCCUCUGGGAGUUUAUCCAGACCUCUCCCCCGGGCGCCGCGCAGCCGCUGCCCGCUACGCGCGACGACCUCCGCCGCUUCACGCAGCUCGCGACGCAGAAGCACAAAGCUCUCCGCCUCCCCCCGGAGACGCUGCGCCCCGAGUUUCUCCGCGCGUUCCUGCAGAACCUCGGCGCCGAGGUCGCGCCCGUCGCGGCCGUCCUCGGCGGCCAGCUCGCGCAGGACGUUGUCAACGUGCUCGGGCAGAAGCAGCAGCCAAUGCAGAACACCGUCAUCUUUGACGGCCACGCCAUGGAAGCACUCGUAUACGCGCUGCACCCAGAGGGCGUACUCGGCGCGCACCAGCUGUCCGCCGGCGGCACCGCCGACCUGAAUGGCAACAGCGCGGCGGCGGUGAGCGGCUUUUUAGACGUAGGGUUGCCGAUGGGCAUGCCCUCCGGCGCUGGCGCCGGCUUCCCCGUGGACGGCAAUGGUAUCGCCGCCUUGGGGGCGCCGCAAAACGCAAUGAACUUGCCUGGUGGGAUGCAGCAGCAGCAGCAGCAACAGCAGGUACUGCCACAAGAGGGUGUGCAGCCGACCGUGCCCGUGCAGCAGCCGCCCACGCAGCAACCCGUCUCCGCGCCGGAGCAGCCCCCACAGGAUGCCGUGGCGACGGUUGUCGCCGGCCAGCCAGAGCAGACGAGCGGAGCGUAA